GUGCGUGUACGAGUGGGUGCCUUUCUUGCAGCAGGAUGGCGUUGCUGAGGGACAUCCGUUGCAACACCUCCAGGUGGUGCAGCAUAGUCUAUCUCUUCCAGGCAUGCUACUUGUUGGCGUGGGUGAGAGUGUUGACUCAAGCGACUGAGGUAGGAACCACAGACCCACCGGAGCACCUCACGCUGUUCGUCACACUGCCCAUGCCCUCAGACGACCCUCUGGACACCAUCACCACCACUCCAGCCUCGAGUAACAGACCCCGCUCCUUUAGCAAUAUAACCAUGGCCAUGCGAACCACUGCGAAGGGACAUGAGGAGGACAGGGCAGCCCUUCUACUGCCCUCCCCAAAUGACUUUCAGGUCGACGGACGCAGUGGCUCAAGCAGCUUAGUAUAUCCUUUCCCUCGCCGCACGCCCCGUCCUAGACCUACCAACUUAGCCCGUCCCAUAUCCACUGGCGCUUUGGUCAAGGAAAACUAUUAUGCCUCAACCAAAAAUGCGCGACCGUGGUUUCUGCAACGCCCUCAUCACAACAUGACGCGUGUUUUGGGUGUCUGA